CAACGUGAGUAGCAGCGUUAGCUCGAUGUUUCAGGAAACCUGCGUUUUCUCCGGAAACCCUUGGAUGUGUGAGCUGAUCUUCCGGCAGCAGUUAGCGGGGCUGUCGAUGUCUGUCUCCCCGCAGCAGCGUCCGUGUCCGGGCUCUUAGCAGCCGGUGCAGAAGCUAACAAGGAGCUAGCCUAGCUAACGUGAUCAUGCUAGCUUUCAUUCAAAACAGGAAUUAGGCUUCUUCUCGUGAUCGGAGCAGCCGAUGGCCGCUGUUCUCUCUUUAAUUCACGUGAUUUAAUGUUGGGAUUUGAAUUUUAAAGUCAUUCUGUUGUUCCAAGCGGCGGCUGCUCCACCUGCUCAUGCAUGGACACUGGGUGUGAAAGGUUAAAGGGACACUCCACCUAUUUUACAGCUGAAGAUCAGCUCACUCGUUCAUUCUCGUGGCCUCUGACACUGUUUCCGGUUGAUCUCUGUAGUUUUUACAGAAGCUUUUACACUGUUAAUCACUAAAAUGUAAUAAUAUGAUAUAAAUCUACUUUAUCUCCACAUUAAUCACGUGUUAUAUCACAUUUAUCUGAUCUUAUAAGGAUUGUGCAGCUUUAUAUACACACAUCCAACCGAUUUGUACUUAUUCUAAGUAUAUUUUACUACAUUAUUACAAGUGUGAUGUGUAUAUUACAAAACCAACAAACAUGGCUGCCUCAUAUAAUCUACGGUUCAAGUGGAUUAGAAGAGUCACCUGCCCUCUUAUCUCAUAUCUGUUCAUUUCCUCUCCGCCCUCACAGCAUGGGCAGUGUGUUGGCUGCCAGUUCCCCCAACCCUCCACCACCUGCCCCCGGCGGCGGUGCCCCUGCCCCCGGGUUGACGGUGCCGCCGGGCUUCGGGAUGCCUCCAGUCUCCCCUGUCCUGCCCCCGGGGGAGGGACAGCAGGACGAUGGAGAAGCUCCUCUGCCCAACCCGGGAGCGUUUGAGGAGUGUCAUCGCAAAUGCAAAGAGGUUUUCCCGAUGCAGAUGGAAGGCGUCAGGCUAGUUGUCAACAAAGGCCUAAGCAACCACUUCCAGGUGAAUCACACUGUGCUGCUGAGCACCAUGGGCGACUCCACCUACAGAUUCGGUGCCACGUACGUUGGACCCAAGCAGAUCGGUCCAGGAGAGUUUUUUCCAGUCAUGGUGGGAGACAUCGACAACAGUGGCAGCCUUAACGCUCAGAUCAUCCACCAGAUCAACAGCAGAGUACGGUCCAAACUGGCCUUCCAGACACAGCAGCAGAAGUUUGUGAACUGGCAGGGAGACGCCGAGUUCAAGGGAGACGACUUCACUGCGACGGUGACACUUGGAAACCCAGACGUCCUCGUCGGCUCUGGUAUUGUUGUUACACACUACCUCCAGUCCAUCACGCCCUCGCUGGCACUGGGAGGGGAGCUGGUUUACCACCGCAGGCCCGGAGAGGAGGGCACGGUGAUGUCACUAGUUGGCAAAUACACAGGCACUAACUACAUCGCCACGCUGACUCUCGGCUCAGCGGGAGCUCACGCGUCGUACUACCACAGAGCCAACGACCAGUUGUCGGUCGGCGUGGAGUUCGAAGCGAGCAACCGCAUGCAGGACACCAGCAUGUCGUUCGCUUACCAGCUAGAUGUGCCCAAAGCCAAUUUACAGUUCAAAGGUUCCGUCGACAGUAACUGGGUCGUCGGUGCAACAUUAGAAAAGAAGUUACUCCCUCUGCCGCUCUCGCUCGUCCUCUGUUCUUUCCUCAACCACCGCAAGAACAAGUUCCAGUGCGGCUUCGGCGUCACCAUCGGUUAAAGUCCAAACCGAGCUCCGAGCCUCCUGCAGACGGGACCUCACAGAACGGACUAACUGACGAUGGACGGACGGACGGACGCUGCCACGUGCUGUACACCUCAUUCUGUCCCUGACCUCCUUUAGCAGAUUCGCCCAUGAUCAUGUCAUUGCUUUCCUCAAUCACGUUUCAUCCAAUAUGCAGAGUAGAAACACUGAACGCUAAAAAAAAAAAUGUAAAUCUAACGACUUUAAUCAUUUAAUCGUCCCCGAACUAUCUGAAGUGAAAUGAAGAAUGUGAUUGGUCAGGAAUUUGACGCCCGUGGCGACAAACCAGUAGGAAGACGUGAGACGUUACAGAGCUCGUUGUUUCUGUCACUGAGUUUGUUGCCUGUUGUGUUUUUUUGUUUUGAGUUUUAUUUCUUUUAUUUUUACUGUAAAGUCUGUGUUGGCGUGCGGUGAAUGGAAUCGGUGUCGUUUGCUCGUUUCAAGGUGAUUUGUUGGUUGAAGGCCGUGAGGAGGCGUGUGCCGUGCUGUCACAUUCACAAUCCAUCCCGUGUUCUGUUGCCUUUUUUAUGUUACGUACGUUUGGAACAGUGUAUAAGACCUGUAUAUACCUCUUGAAAACGGAUAAAUACCAUUUCUUACUAAA